AUGGCGGCGGGGGCUGCCGGUGUCAGGGGAAACCCGGUUCCCACUCCGAUCACACACCAAAACCCUCCCGAUCCCGAUACCUUCCCCCUCGAUCCCCAGCCGGAGGAGUGCUGGAACUGCGUCGGCCAGGGCACUUCUACCCGAACUGCCCACUCCCGCGCGUGCACGGGUUCUGCUUUUCCUGCGGGAGAGCGCGCCGAACCCGCCGCAGCUUCCGCUCACGUUCCUGCUUCCGCUACCGUUUCUGCUCCCGCUCCCGCUCCGGUACCCAUCCCGGAACUAAUGCGUCUGCCGGAGCCGGCCGUGGACACUUUUACGGCUCUCUUUGGGGAGAGGCCCACUGCCCGAGCUCCGGCAGCGCACAACCCUCCUCCCGUUCCAACUCCUAAUUAUGUCCCGGUUCCCUAUCGCGUCCCUUAUCCCGUUACCGUCCCACAACCCUAUCCAGUGUACGUUCCUGUCCCGCCGGCAACCCCGCGCCCACAGCCUCCGCUGUUAUUCACAGAGGACCACCCUCUAGUGAUCGCCCUGACAAGGCUCCUGUCGCAACACCUUCCUCCCUCCCAGUAA